AGGUCAGUGGGUAUAUAUACGUGUUGUUCGGCUGGUCUGGCCAACGAUACAUCGAAUUCGUAGGAGACUGGAUCCGGUCCGAGGAAGUGGACUUUUUGGUUGGUGGGUACUCGCGACCGUCCCACGAUCCUCGUGAGGACCACUCUCUGGAAGCAGCGGAGUGGCGGAGGAGGAGUUGCAAGGGCAUUAGGCUCCGAAUACGGAACGAUAAAAUUCUUACGAAACGUGUCUCUCCCUCUCCUCCUCUCCUCCUCUCCCUCCCUCUCCCUCCCCCUUCUCUCUCUUUCUCUACAAUAUUUCUCUGGUAUAAUAUUCGUGCAUCGAACUGGCACUCUCACGAGAAACGAGAGGCAGAAACGUCGAGGGAAAGGGAGGUCCCCGUCGUUGUGAAGAGGAGGUUGGGCAACAGAGGAACGAUCCGAAGAAUUCGAUGGUUGAAAACAAACCUAACUGGAGGACGUGCUGUUUCGCUUUAGAGGAGACGGCAGACACGACGUGGGCCCGUCAAAAUGUAUUUUUGACGGCUGUUUGACAAGCUUUUAACGUCCCCCCCCCCUCUCUCUCUCUCUGUUUCACCCUGCCUCCUUUCCGCCUCCACGUCCGCGCGAUAGUUUUUCGCGCGUCCUGCACGCUCGUUCUGCGACUUCGUUAUUUUUGCGAUCCGCGAGCCGAAUUACGUAAGCGUGCGGCUCUGCCUCUGGAAAAGGUUACCGGAAGGUGGCAGAUACUGUGCGAGAGAUAAUGAACGCGAGAAUCGUGAUUUUGAUUUCGGAGGCUAUGGACGACAGAAGGAUUGGAGGGAAGGCAAACUUUUGUUUUUUUUGUCUUGGAACUUGCUGUGCUGGAAUUUUUGUUAAAUGGUAAUCUAAACCGAUCAUGUACAACCUGAAUGUGAACGUGAAUCCUAGUCCGGCGGCUGCCGCGAGUCUUCUCGGUGUCGCGGCGGCCGAGGUCACACCAAGGACACCGGAAAUCGUAAACUCCCUCAUCGCCAUGACCAAUCCCUUCGAGGGCUACGCGAACGAGAAGAGCAGGGAUCGUACGGAUUCGACUAGCAGCGGUGAGCCGAGCCCACCGAGUGUUCAGCACACCUGUAGUCAGCUCAUUAAAGAAGGAUUGAAGUUGACGCUACAAACGAAAAGAAGAGCCAACGGAAGCGGGGAUGAUACGAAGAAAAAGACGAAGAAGGAAGACGGGAGUGCGGAUGACGAGGAGGAAGAAGAAGCGGGCAACAACAAUAACCGCGGUGGAUUAACGCCAGAGGAUGAGGAGAGGCGUCGAAGAAGGCGCGAACGGAACAAGAUAGCUGCUACCAAGUGUCGACUGAAGAAGCGUGAAAAAACAGUGACUUUGGUGCACGAGUCAGAAAUCCUCGAAACGCAAAACCACGACUUGAAGUCACAGAUUCAGGAACUGGAGACGCAAAGGCGUAGGCUUGUAGACAUGCUAAGUCUCCAUGGACCGACUUGUCUGAAACAAGGUGGCACAGACAAUUCGUAUCAACAAUUUGCGGAACCUUUGCAGCUGCCCAGUUACCAGGAGAAUUUCGUGCAGCCUCCACCGGCAUUGAACCAGCCUCAGAAUUGUGUGACGGAAUAUCCAGUAAAAGUGGAAGAGUACGAGGCUGACUUUUACCGACAAGGAAGUCCAUUCGUACCAACCUCGGAUGCAGGUUGUACGGUUUAGUAGCUUUAUCGACGUUGUAACAAUGCCUACCGCGCCAUUUAAAGUGUAGUUUCUUCCGUGGAGAUUUGGUUUACCGAUCAAAGAAGAUGAUACAUGGUUCCAUUAAAAAUCUAAUGUUUGUUGGAUGGUGAAAAAAUAGUUGCAUGCAUUCCAAGAAGACACGAGAAAGUAAUAACAUCUAUUUAAUUGAUGGAAGCGUCGUCGAGAUAAUUUAGGAAUUUUGUAUGUUUUUGAGAUUCUUUCCAAGAUUCUUAACACUUCCGGUGAACCGAAUCUCCCGUUUUCUUAUAAUCGCAAGUCUAUAGCUUGUAAGUUGAUUAUACUUUACAUAACAACGCGCUCCUAUUUCUCCUUUUCAUCCUGUUCUUUCUUCUUUUUUCCUUCUAUUUCUUAACACAUCCCUUUGCACUCGAAACGUUCGAUGUAGAACGCUUGAAGACAUUCCUUAAGAAUAACCCUUUCUUGAAAGUAAGUAACCAAUUCCUUGAAAAUAAAUACUGUGACAUUCUAAAAUAUAAUUAAUGUAAUCGAUAAAUAUAAGAUAGAAACGAAUUACUUUUGCGAUACUCGAUUUAAUAUUAAUCGAUAUUAAUAUUAGUAUGUUGAUGCAUCGAUUAUUAAAAGAAAAAAGAGAAAAGAGAAAAAGAAAAAAAAAUUUUAUUUUAUUUUAUUUUGUAUUAAUUUCUGUAUUAAAAAAUAUUUACGAAAAUUUAAAGAUAGUCAUAAAAAAAUAAUCGAGCAUUGCAAAAGUGUUUCGUUAUUUCGUUUAAGUAAAAGUCGAGAAUUUCUUUUACAAAUGGCGGUUCGCAUCCGAUGUCGAUUAUUUUUUAUGCGACCGCUUUUUCUCGAUUUACCAGUGAGAAAAAAAGUAUAAUUUGUAUAACUCAGCAUAUAAUAAGUCUUCUGAUAUUGAUUACGACUAUCUCUCGUAUAUUGGGACGUGGCUAUGUGACGCGUUCUCAAAGGAUACUUAUAAUUAUACGAGCAAUCGUAAUGAUAUAUUUAAUACUGUGAAAUGUGCAUAUUUUAUACAAAUUACAUAUAUUAUUAUAUACGUAUACACUCGCAGACACGCACAUGUCGAACACAUACGCGUCAUUACAAUUAACAAACAUAUGAUAUAUAUAUAUACAUGACGAUUAAUGACAAUGACCGACGACAUACCUCAAUUUUGUGGGUAGUUACCCUUCUUCGGUGCGUUUGCACGAAAAAAUUUUAUUUUUUAAUUUUCUUUUAUAUUCUAACUCUGAUCAUGUGAUCGUUGAAAUUUUUUAAUACACGAAGUAAUAGCGACAAGGAUGCCAAAGAACCAUCAGAAAUAUCGAUCAGAGAAUAUUUUUAUUUUUAUGAAAAGAUUAUAUCGGUGGAAAGAAAUUUUUAGUAAACGCACUUUGGGCUACGCUUACGCGUUCUGCAAUUUACAAAAGCUAGUUUAAUACUUAGCCGAAUGUUACGAUUAAUAGUGAAACACUUUUUUUCUAAUCCAUGGAUUAAAAAAUACUUUUUAUUCGUUUGGAAUGUUACCGCCGAUCGAUAUAACGAAGGAAAAGAUUUUUCUUGCACUUCAUAAAAUGUGUGAAGUGAGAUAAAAUCUUCCUCUUAUUCUUCUGUCAAGAGAUUAAAAAGCGUGCACAAACAUUAAGAAUGUUUUUUCUUUAACACGCAGGAAGAACAUGUAAUAGUCACAUACGUGUGGUGCUAUACAUAUACAUACAUUAAAUAUAUAUUUAUAUAUAUAUAUAUUUGCUUUUUAUAUAAAUUUUAUUAAGUUGCCCGAAGAGAGUAUUUAAUAGUUUAAUACACAUGUUAAAUAUAUAUUAUCGAUGUCUAUUUACUAAUGCAAAGUUCUGAAAGUAAUAGUAUAUCAAAUGUAUUGAAACAAAGUUUAUAUUUAUAUACAAAUUUUUUCUAUCUUUAACAUAUUGAGAGGAGGAACCAAAAAGAUAAUAUUAUUGACAUGUUAAAAAUGCGCAAUAAAUUUUAAUAUGCAAAUUCUUUAAAACUAUUGCAUUUUAAAUAAAAAAUAUUCCGAUCGUGUUUAUGGAAUAUUCGAAAAAAUUUUUUAAACAAAAAAUUAGAUAUAAAAUUGAUGGUUCUUUAAAAAUAAAAGAUAGAAUUUAUUUUGAUAUAAUUAUGUUUGCUCUAUCCAAUACAUACUGCCAUUAUUAAAAUUCCAGAUACAAUCGCUUAUCGUAUCUGGCUAUAGGUUCGUUGUCUUUUUAGCAAAGUGUAUUAAAAACAAAGUUUUUCUAGAGAAUAAAUACAAAAUAAUUUCAAUAACAAGAUAGUAAACAGUAUAUAAGAUUUUAUUCAUUGUAACAAAAUCGUACUAUUGUCUUUUAUUACUGAGUACCUGGCCAUGGUUUUCCAUGCGACAGCUAUUUUUCUUUAGAAAGAAUACAUUAAAUUGAAAUUAGAAAAAUGGCUGACAAAAUUUUAUCGUUGUAACCUAAAGAAAAAUUUUAUUCUUUAAAUAAAAGUGCCUUCAAUAUA